AUCCAUCCAUUUUCUACAUGAAAUGCAUUAAACAACAUUUUAUUCAAUUUAAUUAGAUAAUAGAUUUUAUACAUUUAAAAUUUUAAGUUCCGUGUGUUUAAAUACGUAAAUUUAGGCAUCACGCAAAACGUAUCUAUUACGGAACCAAAAAUAUUUAAGUGUUUCCGGGGGGACGGGUUUUGUCGAUACGCUUGCCCGACAGGCUCGUUCGCACCUCCUAUGAAUGGAAGAUAUUAGAUGUAAAAGCCUUGAUUUGGGAAUGAGAACUGGAUGUAUACAUUUUGGUUGUAGUCGGUUUCUUUCGAUGUAAAUUUGCUGAAGCUCUUUUAAUAAUUAUAAUUAAAAGUGUUCGCCUGUAGGUUGAGCGGAAGCUGAGUAGCGGUUAGCCUAACUACCAGUGAGGCUAACGUCUAAAGGCGUCUCCGAGGGAAAUCCAAAGUGAAGAUGUUUGAGACUAUAAUGGAACUACCGGUGGAAAGACAGAUAUUUAAUGCUGUUCUUGGGUUCUCAUGGACAGUGUAUCUUUGGGAGGCAUAUCUGUCCUACAGACAGAGGAGGAUAUAUAGGUCAACAACACAUGUACCACAGGAGCUUGGCAAGAUCAUGGAUCCUGAAACGUUUGAGAAGUCGCGCCUUUAUCAGCUGGAUAAGAGCAACUUUAGCUUUUGGUCGGGACUUUAUUCUGAGAUGGAAGGAACCCUGAUCCUACUCCUGGGUGGAAUCCCAGUUCUCUGGGAUGUUGCCGGAUCCUUGACAGCUCGCUUAGGAUUCUCGCCGGAAUUUGAGAUCACCCAGUCCUUAGUGUUCCUGAUGCUCUCCACUUUGUUCUUCGCCAUAACUGGACUUCCCUGGAGUUUGUACAACACGUUUGUGAUUGAGGAGAAGCAUGGCUUUAAUCAGCAGACGUUGGGGUUCUUCCUCAAAGAUGCCGUGAAGAAGUUUGUUGUGACUCAGUGCAUCCUGUUGCCUGUGACUUCACUUCUCCUGUACAUCAUAAAGAUUGGUGGAGAUUACUUCUUUAUCUAUGCUUGGCUUUUUACCCUGGCUGUUUCUCUGGUUCUUGUAACAAUCUACGCUGACUACAUCGCUCCCCUGUUUGACAAGUUCACCCCUUUGCCAGAAGGAGAGUUAAAAGCAGCCAUAGUGGAAAUGGCUAAAAGUUUAAGCUUCCCACUCACUAAAAUUUAUGUAGUUGAAGGUUCCAAGCGAUCGUCACACAGCAAUGCUUACUUCUAUGGCUUUUUCAAGAACAAGCGCAUCGUGCUGUUCGACACUUUGUUGGAAGACCAUUCGCCUCUUAACAAAGUUGUAGAGCCGCAGUCUGAGCAGCCGGAGAAUGACGAGACAUCCAGCGAGUCAAAAGCCAAACCCAAGAACAAGAAACAAGGAUGCAACAACCCAGAGAUCCUUGCUGUUUUGGGUCAUGAGCUUGGCCACUGGAAGCUUGGUCAUACCGUCAAGAAUAUACUGAUCAGUCAGAUGAACUCCUUCCUGUGCUUCUCCCUGUUUGCUGUUCUGAUUGGACGCAAGGAGCUGUUUGAAGCCUUUGGAUUCGUCAACAGCCAGCCCACAUUAAUAGGCUUGAUGAUUAUCUUCCAGUUCAUAUUUUCUCCUUACAAUGAGCUUCUGUCUUUCUGUCUGACGGUCCUGAGUCGCAGGUUUGAGUUCCAGGCAGAUGCCUUUGCACGUGGAAUGGGCAAAGCCUCAGAGCUCUACUCUGCUCUCAUCAAGCUGAACAAGGACAACCUGGGCUUUCCUGUUGCAGACUGGUUGUUCUCCAUGUGGCAUUAUUCCCACCCUCCUCUCCUCGAGCGCCUUAGGGCACUGGGCAACGUCAAGCAAGACUGACGGGGCUGGACGAGGGAGCGGCGACCGCCGUUCCCUCCGAAGGGCCUCCGUAGGCCUCUCCUGGCCCUGUGAUGCAUCCUGACCUCUUCUUCUUCCCCUCCAUCUACUUUUAUCUUAUUUUAGCCUUUUCCUUCUCAUUUCCUAUACUUUACAUUUUGUCCUAUUGUUUUAAGCAAAACCAAACCAUAUUGGCACAAAACAACCUAAAACAUUUAGCCUUUACUAUUGUUUAUUUUAAAAUGCCAGUUAUGCACUUGAGGUGAGCAAUUUGGAAAAUGUUUGUUUAAAAGUUUUUAGGAAGAUUUUGUCAGAGUACAUUUCAGAUUAGCUUGACUUAAAAUUAUUGUUGUGUACAUUUUUCAGGUUUUUUUUAUUUAAAAAAGAACAGAUGAAAUUUUAAGCCUGUUUGAGUUAGAAUAUUUUAGUUUUGUGAUGCAAACUAGUGGUAACAGGAGAACAACUUCUUUUGAAUAAUUACCAAAGUAGUUCAUCUAACAGCCUAUCACAAUUUUACAAGUUUAGCAUAAAAAGCUACUUAAUACGUACUCAUGACAGUACUUUGUACAAAAAGCCCAGAUUUUGAUUUAUCUAUCAAGUGCAACGCUUGCCCCAAAUUAAGUUAUUUGCUCAAAUGAACAACUUUUAGGUGAGGGAAGCAGGUUACCUUGACUAAAUGCGAGAGCCUCUAAUUACCUUUUUGUUCUGAUAGUGGACACAAUGUGAACAGAGCAGUUCAAAAAGUUUCAUUUGAUCUUGGAUUAGAUGUGUGUUUUUUAUUUUCUACAGGAAAUGUGAUAUUUUUCUUAAGCACUUGCUUGCUUUUAAGGAUCCAAGCAGACCUGUAUGUAAUGUAACUUUUGUGAUUAGUUAGAAUUUAUGAAUUGAAUUGUAUAAUUGUUGGAUAUGGUUUGAAAUUUUUAGUUGACAAAAUGUUUAUUUUGUAUUUGGCUUUGUUGCAAGCCAGGAAAGUGAUAGGGCACUUUGAGAAGAGGUUCUUCGAGGCGUUUCCUUUCAGCACACGAGUCCGUUUGGUUUGUUAAAAAAUGGGAUUGUAUGCUUUCUUUGUUGCCUUGAAUAAAAUCCUAAAAAGUUUUUUUUUUGUUUUGAUAAAAUUAAAGGUAAAACAUCGCUGCUUUUAUUAUACAGAACGUUUGAACAAUCUAUGAAUGUAAGUAGUGUGCUUCUUUAUUAAAGAUAUUCUAUAUUGA